UUUCCUGUGUGUAGGCAGAGAUAACACAACAACACAAACACAACCCUGAGGAGUGUUGUAUAAUUAGUUUGUAUACACAGUGUGGAUAUCAGCCCUCAUAGAAAGUCUCCUGCAGACUUCACAGCGGCAGGCUUCGUGCGCCAAGGCGUGCGUCCUUGGAAAACCUCCGCCAGCAGGUUGAUUUGUAUUCAGACAGACAGACAGACAGACAGACAGACAGGCGGGCGGGCAGAGUGGCACGACACACUCCUUCUGCUCAUCAGUGAUGAGAGAGAGGGAGAGAGAGAGAGGGAGGAGGGACUGAACGAAGGAGAGGAGAGAGAAAGAGAGAGAGAGAAGGAGGGAGGAGCCAGCGCGUCAAGGUGAACUGAUAAACCUAUUUUUGUUCCCCUGACGACCAAAACACGACGCGCAGCUCCUCAGCCAGCAGGAGAGGAGAGAGGAGAGAGGAGAGGAGAGGAGAGAGGAGCUCACGUCUCUGCCGGUGGACGCUUCACACUCACCAGCAGGAUCCUGAUUUUUACCUCCUUUUGUUUCUUUUUCUCUAUUUUUUUUUUCUCUGUUGGACAUAAAACUUGACGCACGGAGCGCGCAGAGUGCGUCAUCUGCUCGGAGACGCCCGGAGGAUUAAAAGAGCAGCGUGAGGCCGAGGAGUCCCGUCGGGAUCUGAGAGGGAAGAAUUCGGCGUCACGGCCGGCGCUGACGGACCCCCGACUCCGGGACCCCGCGGCCCUGAACGGACCAGGCUGAGAUUCACGUGGACCAACUCGUCUGACAGGGAUUCACACAUCGGUGCUUCUGAUUGGACGCUGCCUCAGGUCAUCUGACCCGCCUCCAGCUGUUGUUUCCCUCCUCUUCCCUCCGUCGGACCGCCUCAGACAUCAGGCCACGAUGCCACUCAGACUUCAUUCUCCUCCAGCAGAGAUGGAAACGUUUUCAGACACGACGGCCUCAUAAAAGCUGAGACGGUGGAUUAUUGAAAGUUGUCUGGUGGAGAAUUAAAUCAGUGUCGUUCACCUGUGACGGUGCAGUUUUCCUCAGACUCGCACUUAUUCAUGUGUAAAUGAGGAGCUGAGCUGUUAAACUUCUGCAUGGAUACAAAUGAUUCGAAACUACUGAAAAAUAUUGACUUCCUGCAGGUUUACAUGAGUUUUCUUCCCCUCAGUGACUCUGAGACUUUUAAUAACAUAUAUUUACCUUCAUAAUUAAAAAAAAAAAAAAAAAAGCACAAAGACUUCUCAUGGUGAAUUUGGUGUUGCAGCGCUGUAAUUUUCAACUCUCAACAUGUAACGUCCUGUGAUCAAGAUCCAUUUGUUUCUAAACCGAGCGGACAGAACCGGCGCCGGCGUGACUAACGAGCUGCAGCCGCUGUUUCCAAGGUGAUUAACUUCAUCGUGAGGUGUUUUGUGCAUUCAGGUCCCUUCCUCCAGAAAAAAACCCAGAACAAAACAUUUUAAUGAGUUUUUUUAUUUAACAAGUAUGAUUGCACAUUGUAAUGAGGAUGCUGCAGACGAACCUCAGUAAACAAAACCGGGACAGAACCUGCGACAGAACAUCUCGUGUUCAGACGUUUGAAGAGAGCGAUGCAGAUUCUUCUGUUCUCUGGAUUUAUUUGGACGGUUUUUAACUUAGAUUAUCUUCAUUUUUAAGGAUUGUGGAUACUUUUUUUCCCAUCGAUUCUAACAAAGCAGAAGCUAUUUUAUUGUCUGUUUGAAUCUCGGGAGGCGUCGAGUGAAAGAGCCGCCAUCUUGAUUAUCAGAUUGUGAGAGUUUCUGACGUCUUGUGUCGAUUCUGAAGGAUUUUUAGUGAUUUAAACUCACCAGUGUUCGAGUCACGCGGCUUUUUUUAAGUUCCCAUCUUGGAUUACAGCCUUCAAACAGCCGUGUCAGCACUUUAAUUAUUCAUAUUUUCAUCACCGAAUGAGAUAAAACGUGCCAGAUCUUCUCCCAUCGAUCCUGGAGAGACGAAUCACGACCACAGCAGGACCCCGUCUGAAACCGCCCCUUCCCUCCUCGGGGGGGGACCUCUAAGCCCGUCCCCUCACUGCCAUGGUGAUGUCACAGGGCACCUACACCUUCCUGGCCUGUUUCGCCGGCUUCUGGUUGGUCUGGGCCGUCGUCGUCAUGCUCUGCUGCUUCUGCAGCUUCCUGCAGCGCCGGCUGAAGCGCCGCCACGAGGAGCGGCUGAGGGAGCAGUGUCUGCGGACCGUCGAGAUGGAGCCGCUCAGCUGUCCGCCCGCAGGAUACCCUCCUCUCCCUCCUCCUCCUCCACCACCUGCAGCUCCACCCACGCAGCUGCCCAGAGAGCCGCCGCAGUUCUGCCCUCCUCCGACGCUGGCGCCGCCGGUUCCUCUGCCGGUUCCUCAUCCCAUGCCAGAGGCGAACUGGGUCAGCAUGCCAGACACAGAUAUAUUCGGAAAGCCGCCCUGCUACGAGGACGCCGUCAUGAUGGAGGACCCUCCUCCGCCCUACAGCGAGGUCCUGGCCGACCCUCGGGGGGGCACAUACUUUAAGCCCGCCCCGCUCCGAGCCGCACACCCACCACCACUUCCUCCUCCGAGGGAAUACCAGGAUCCUGCUCCUGUCUUCAGAUCUGAGACCAGCAAGCCUCCUGUGAUGACUGUGUUCCCGGAGCGAGGUUACUCCUCCCUCAUUCGGCUGCCUUCGUCCCAGCGCUGGGACUCUCUGGGCCAUCUGCUGUCCAACAUGGACCUGAACCACAACAACCUCACGCCGCCGGGGCCCCGCUCCACGCAGGCCGCCGCCGCCAUGGCGACCAUGCCGCGCCGAGAGCCGAGGACUCAUGGACUGCAGGGAGGCGUGCAAGGACUCCGAGGAAGCAUACAAGGAUUUCAUGGAGGGAUUCAAGGACUCCAAGGGGGGAUUCAGGGAUUACAAGGGGGGAUUCAAGGGUUUCAAGGAGGGAUACAGGGGCUUCAGGGGGUCCAUGGACUGAGGGGACUCGAGCCCAGCUGUGGCCUCCCGACAGCCUUCCCCCUGCUGGGUCGGAGCACCGCCGUCUAGACCUGGACUCUACCUGGAGGAGUCUAACCGUCUCUGAAGAGCCUUGAAGCAGGAGCUCUGCCUAAAGCAGACUUCCUGUCUAUAUGCCUCAGUGUUUACAGCACGAAACGCCGCUAGAAGUAGAGAUUUAAUUCCCUUAAAGAGCUCAACGAGGGUUGAAAGUGCUGCAAAGGCGUCACAGGGUCAAUUCCCCGAUGCGGCGCUGUGGGCGAAGGCUGCCACUUACUCUGCUGCCGGCUCUGCGUGAGGACACGGGGAGGAAAUUACAGAGAUGCCGUGGUGUCGCAUGGAGGCUAAUUGAGUCAAGGCUCUUUUUGAGCCGCGGAGGAGGAGAGAAGAAGAAGCCGUAACGAGGUACAAGCACAGCUGUUUCUCCACCUUUCAUCUCUACCUCCCCCUCCCCGCGUCGCCCUCUCGUUCUGCUCGUCCCUCCUCUCGUCUCUCCGCGACCGAGCAGCCUAUUGUUCCAGUCUGCUGUUGCCAUGGCGCCCGGGAACUGUCUGUUGCCCACGACGACCUCUCCUCUUUUAUCUGCUCUGAUUUUAUUUAUUUUUCUUCGAUGUUCGCAGCUUGUCCCCUUCUCAAGGACCCGUAGUAUUAACACUUAACAAAAGAACACGUGGUGACCUUCAGUGUCGCUGCGACAUUAGAGACGAAGCCACAACUUUUGUUACAUGCUGCUUCGUUACCGUCGUUGUCGUCUUUACUACAAACUGUUGACCAAACUUUUUUCAUGUACAGAUUUAUUAUCCUUCUUUAAGCUUUGUGACAAACUGCCUCUUUUUCUUGUGGAAUAAAAAAAACAAACACAUCUUCACCUGCUGGGUUUCUAAUUUAUGGAGGAGGUGGAGUGUUUUUACUGCAGUACACUGUUGAAUAUCAAAAAUAAAGCCAUCAACUUCA